ACGUCAUGUAGAUGGAGAAGAGAAGUGGUCCAAGUACUGAGCCUUGAGGAACCCCAGUAGCAGGGUGUUGUGACUUAGAAACAUCACCCCUCCAAGACACAGCAGGGAUGGUGACCAAGGAGCAGGUGGUGGAGGAGUCCAAUGUGGAGAUGGAGAGCUGAUGAGCCAGGGUGACGAGGAGGGUCUGGAGUGGAACUGAUGGCUGCGGAUCGAGCCGGAGUGACAGAGGGACGAGGAGCAGCCAAAGGGAAAGGAGGAGCCUGACGGAGCCGAAGGGAUGAGGUGCUGCCGGAGGGUUGAGCCCCGAGGCAAUGGAUGGUAGAUAACAGACCAAGGUGGAGCCAGCAGGACGAGGGAGCCAGUGGAGCUAUCUUUCCUUUGCAAGACAAGUUUCUAGUAUUUGUAAAACUGAAUUUUUUCAUCUCAAAAAUAUAUGUUCUUGAAUGCUCUCAUCCAAGGUUAGAUUAUUGUAAUGUUUUAUUGGGUGGUUGUUCUGCAUGCUUAAUAAACAAACCCCAGCUGAUCUAAAAUUCAGCAGUUCUUACUAGAACCAUGAAGUAUGACCGUAUUAGCCCCAUUGUGUCAACACUGCAUUGGCUCCCUAUUAAACACUUUAUACAUUAUAAAAUCUUUCUAAUUACUUAUAAAAUCCUGAAUGGUUUAGCACCUCAGUAUUUGUAUGAGCUCUUGUUACAUUAUAAUAUAGAAAUCGACUGCGGGUAGCAGAUCCCAAACUACAUUCGCUCCCAAAAACUUCUAUUGCCUAUGUUUCUGUCUAUUUCCAGCUCCUGUUUGCUUUAUUCCUUAUUUGUCCUCAUAUUAACCCUUGUUUGUUGCAAUAGCAACCCUUUUAGUUUCCACGACAACCAAUCACCUUCACCUGUCCCUUGUAAGCCCCUGUUUGUCCUGUUUUUCCAUGUUUUUUGUCUUGUGUUGUGUUUGGUGAAACCUCUUUCUUGUUUCUGAAACACUCAAGCCCCAUAUAUAUACAGUCCGUAUACUCCAAUGGAUGAGUUUGAUAAUUAUGCAGAACCAUCGAGUAGACUCAUUCUGUUUCAAAAUACCCUUCACGCCUGUGCUAUUGUCUACAUACUGUCCACAUGGUACAAAAAAUAGCGCUACAAGCAGACAGUGUGAACAGACAUCAUUGGACACUUGGACUUGGACAUCAUGUGUUCUUUGAGUGUUUGUCUGAGAAUGGAAUAUAUUAGACUUUUAUUAUCAGGGUUGUCAAUUUCUAGUCUAAGAGAAUCACGUUUCCAAGUCAAGUUCUUUGCAUUUACUCUAAUAACAGUCAGUGUUUAAACUAAUCUCAGCAGGAAUGAGGAAGCUGCUUCACAGACUCACAGACACACCUGUUUUACACACGUCACUCAAACACAGAACCAGGAAACAGAAUCAAUUGACUUCAGGGAAAGAGAAACUGAAGUGUAGUUGAGCUGUUGUGUGUUUGUGUCUCUGUGUUCAUGCAGUAAAAUGGCAGAAGCCAGAUUUUCUCAGGAUGAGUUCAUGUGUCCAGUGUGUCUGGAUCUCCUGAAGGAUCCAGUGACCGUUCCCUGUGGACACAGUUACUGUAAGAUCUGUAUUACAGACUGCUGGGAUCAGGAGGAUCAGAAGAGAGUCUACAGCUGUCCUCAGUGCAGACAGACCUUCAGUCCAAGACCUGCUUUAGCUAGAAACACCAUGCUGGCUGAAGUGGUGGAGAAACUGAAGAAGACCAGACUCUCUGCUGACUGUGAGGCUGGAGCUGGAGAUGUGCAGUGUGACGUCUGUACUGGAAGGAAAUACAGAGCCGUCAAGUCCUGUCUGAUGUGUCUGGAGUCUUACUGUCAAACUCAUUUUGAGCGGCACGAGGAGUUUCAUUCACAUAAACCACACAAAGUGACUGAAGUCACUGGACGACUGCAGGAGAUGAUCUGCCAGAAACAUGAGAAGAUCCUCGAGGUUUUCUGUCGCACUGAUCAGAAGUGUAUAUGUCUGCUGUGUACGAUUAUUGAACAUAAAAACCAUGACAUUGUUCCAGCUGCAGACCAGAGGACAGAGACACAGAAGCAGCUGAAGGAGACUCAGAAGACGCUCCAGCAGAGAAUCCAGCAGAGAGAGAAAGAUCUCCAGCAGCUGAGAGAGACUGUGGAGUCUCAUAAGCGCUCUGCACAGACAGCAGUGGAGGACAGUGAGAGGAUCUUUACUGAGCUCAUCCGCUCCAUUGAGAGAAGCCGCUCUGAGCUGAUACGACUGAUCAGAGAUCAGGAAAAGACUGCAGUGAGUCGAGCUGAAGAACGACUGGAGCGACUGGAGCAGGAGAUCAAUGAUCUGAGGAGGAGAGACGCUGAGCUGGAGCAGCUUUCACACACACAGGAUCACAUCCAGUUCCUGCAGAGUUUCCAGUCUCUCUCAGCUCCUCCUGAAUCUACAGACGUAAAUGAUGAUCUCUUCAGUUCUCUCUUCUCUUCUGAUGAUCUGAGAGAAUCUGUCCAUCAGCUGAGAGACAAACUGGAGGAUUUCUGUAAAGAGCAGCUCAAGAAGAUCUCAGACAGAGGUAAAGUCCUGGAGAUUCAUCUGCUCUCAGAAACCAGUCCCAGGAAGGACUUCCUACAAUAUUCCCAUCAGCUCACUCUGGAUCUGAACACAGUGAAUACACUCCUCUCUCUGUCUGAGAACAACAGAGUGAUUACUGACACUGACACAGUCCAGUCGUAUCCUGAUCAUCCAGACAGAUUUGAUGAGUGGCAGCAGGUGUUGUGUAGAGAGAGUGUGUGUGGACGCUGUUACUGGGAGAUUGAGUGGAGUGGAGAUGAUGGUGUGUAUAUAUCAGUGUCAUAUAAGAGCAUCAGCAGGAAGGGAACGGGUUAUGAGUGUGUGUUUGGAUGGAAUGAUCAGUCCUGGAGUUUGUGCUGCUCUCCCUACAGAUACUUUUUCAGACACAAUAACAUAGAGACUGCUCUCUCUGUGAAGCCCAUCAGCAGGAGAAUAGGAGUGUGUAGUGAUGAUGAUGAUGAUGAUGAUGAUGAUGAUGCUGUCAGGAGAAUAGGAGUGUUUGUGGAUCACAGAGCAGGAACUCUGUCCUUCUACAGCGUCUCUGACACAAUGAGCCUCAUCCACACAGUCCAGACCACAUUCACUCAGACGCUCUAUCCUGGGUUUAGGGUUUAUUACGGAUCAUCAAUGAAACUGUGUUGAUGAAUCAGAAUAGAUUUUUAUUUUUAUUUUUUAUUGAGCAUAUACAUAUUAUAGAAUUUUCAAUCAGCAGUAUAUAAGAGGCUCAAGUACUUUUGUAUAAAUGUACAUACAUAAAGCAGAACACUACAUAAAAAAAGGACAUACAGUGCAAAAGUUGAAUACAAUUUUGUAGCAAGAAGUACAAUAAAAGUUUAUAUACAUAAAAUGAAAGAAAAUAAGUGUUUAUACAGAUACUGACUGUAAGAAGUCUAUGAAGGGUUGCCAAAUAUUAUAAAAACCUGAGAGAUUGUCCUUCAACAAAUAUCUAAUUCUUUCCAAAUGUAAAGUGAUGGAUAAAUCUCGAAGCCACAUUUUGUCAGUGGGUAUCACUGGACCUUUCCAUGACAUCAGAAGUAACUUUUUUGCAUUGAUAAGAGAGUAGGAAAUGAACCGUUGCUGGGCUGAAGUCAAUUUUCUAAAUAACUCUGAUGUGCCGAGGAUAAUCAGCAAUGGUUCCAGUGACAAUGUAAUUAAAAAAUUCUUGAGAGUACAUUAAACACAUCAGACCAAUGACUGGCGACCUUCAGACAAGAAAAAAAAGCAUGAAAGAGUGUUGCAUUGAGGGACUGACAUUUAUCACAGUUUGAUAAAACGUUCGGAAAAAUGUUGUGGAUCUUUACUUUGAAAACUGAAGCCUAUGAAUAAUUUUGAACUGUAUAAGACGAUGUCUCGUAUUAUUGGAGCAUAUUCUUCCCAGAUGUCAUCAGGAAUAUGGGUACCCAUGUCCUUUUCCCAACUAUCUUUAUAUUUAUUGGACGGAGGGGAAGACAUUGUUUGUAAUUUGUUAUAUAUAUUAGAGAUAAACUUAUCUUUAUAUGGGGGUAUAGUGAGACAUUCAUCUAGCAUAGAUUGUGGUUGUGUCUCGAAACCUGGCAUGAGUUUUCGUAUAUAGUCUCUAACCUGUAGGUAUCUAAAGAAAUCAUUGUUAUGUAGUUUGAACUUUGUUUGUAAUUGUGCAAAGGAAGCAAAUUUACCGUCAAUAUACAGGUCACGGAUACUACACAAUCCUAAUUUCCUCCAGUUAGAGAACGUCCAAUCUAAAUUAGAAGGGGCAAAGGAUGGGUUUUUAGCAAUUGAUAAAGAAAGAGGCAGCGUUUUGUGGGAAAAGUGUGAUUUAAUUUGUUUCCAUAUACGAAAUAAAUUAUGUAUGAUCGGA